GCUCAAUACUUGGCCUGUUGCUAUUGAGCCUCUAUGAACAAUAUACCCAAGGGCCAGUGGGGUUAAGGGGUCAAAACGUUAUUUCAAUAAAAGUCUAUUCUUAUAAAAAAAAAUGUUUAUUGAUCAAAUCUUGGGGAAGUUUUGAACUAGAAUACGGUAACAUGAACAAAUGGAAACCUAACGUAGUAAACUGGGAUCUUUAGUGUCAGUAACUGAACUAAGAUUCAAAAGGGACCAAUCUCUAAUCUAUCUGGAGUAUAUGUAGGUUUUUACCAACUUUUACUGGUGCAGUUGGUGGGUUACGAUACAAUCAGAUUCUUUAUGAUUAAUCACGAACUAUUUAUUUUGAUUACCCGUGAUUAAACCAAGCAAAUCAUCAUCACUAAAUAUGACAAAAAAAGAUGCUAUAUUAGCUUCAUAGACUUAGUAGUAAGUCAUCUCUGUACAUUUUGAUAGUGACAUAUAAAACAUGUCAAGACUUGGAUGUUGCGGAAAUGUUUCAGUCACAUUACGUUCCUGUGUUGUUUUCUGUUGAUCCUACAACAUUACGAACAUUCGCUGCGUCACCUCUGAUUUGUUCUUGACCUUUUCUGUUCCUCCUGUUUACACAGCCAAUACUAUCCUGAUUGCUUAUCCGUCUGUGUAUGAUUUGUUUUCAUCUUGUUUUUCUCCCUUAAUAAAUUUGGUACAAGUGGAAUGAUUCAUACUUUUAUUCCCACCUGAGUGGGUUAUUGUUAAAAGCUGUUGUUAGCGAGACAUCGUCGUCUAUCCUGUCUGCUCUGCAGGAACUUGCAAGUAAGACCGCGUGAAACCCGUUCUGGCCUGCCCUCAGCACCUCCCUGUCUGUGUUUUAGGAUCACUUUUAAGGUUUUAUUUUUUUCACUUUUAAAGUGUUAAAUGGCUACUUCAUAUCUCUAUGACGGUCUGCAACCUUCUGCUCCAGCUGACAAAGGUCUGCCGCUCAGUCUCUUGAGGCUGCCCCUGUCGCUGUGCUAACACUCAGGGGAGACCAGGCUUUCUACGUUGUUACCGACAAACAGGGGAAUAAGUUGCCCCUCAAGGUUGACCCACACAUUACCUGUUUUGAAGAAAAGUUUAAAAACAUAUCUAUUCUUUUGUGUCCCCAGACACUUUGUGAGGAAGUUGUCUGUAGCCUUUGUGUUCAAUGUUCAAUUGCUUCAAAAACAAAUUGUCGUUUUCCCUUUUUGUAAGGUUCAGUGUUUUUGUGUGUGUGUGUGUUUUGUAGCUAUUAAUUAUAUUUCCUCCAUCCUCCAUAUUAUCCUUUUAUCUUCAUCUAUUCAUACUUCUACUGCAACGACAUAGUGAAAAUAUAAAACAAAGGAUGUUAAAGGUGAAGUUGCCAGACAAGAGAAGAGAAAGACCUCUUUAUUGUCAUUUGCCCUUGAUGUCCUUGUAAAAGAAAAAAACCCACUGACUUCAAAGGAAUGUCCUAGAAGGUUCUGGCUAUUGUACAGUUAAGGUGUAUUGACAGUUGUGACUAAAGUCUGAGGAGACUGGAAUAAAAGAUCAACUGAGCCAAAAUGAAUGUAUUACAAUAUGUUAUGUAAUGUUUACUAAUUGUUUUUGCAUGCGGAACAUUUACUUUUACAAAUGGAGAAUUACAAAAUAACUGCUUCUUUUCCAAGCACCACCAUGGGAACCCGGACAUCAAGUUUUUCAUUCGGUUCUCAGUUCUGUAUAACCCCGCCAAAGAGCAGACCCAAUACUGUUGUGGGAUAUUUUAGCACUGCACGUCCAAUGAAUCCUGCCACUGGCUACAGGUCCUCUCUGUCCGGUGGAUCAACCCUGGAUCUUCUAAGCCAGUCCAGAAGCCGUUCUCUUUCAUCCGAAUUAAAAACUCAGACAACAAUUGAUGAGAAGAUAGUUAUCCUUGAGAAACGAGUGAGAGACCUUAUUGAAAAAAGCUGUUUGGCAAAGAGCGCCGGAGAUUUGCAGACGGCUUUUAAAAGAGCCAAAGAGGCAGGAAGAAGUGAGAGAGCGUUGGUGAGUCUUCAAGAAAAAGCAGGCAGGAUGAACAUUGUUAAUAUAGGACUCACCUACUCAGUUUUGCUUAACCUUGCCAACCAGUAUGAGAGCAAUGAAAUGUACACGGAGGCCCUAAGCAGUUACCAGAUCAUUGUAAAGAACAAGAAAUUUACUCACGGAGGAUUUGUUAGAGUAAACAUGGGCAAUAUUUAUUUUAAACUGAAAAACUACACCAAAGCCCUAAAGUUUUACAGAAUGGCACUGGACACGAUUUCAAAUGAAUUCGUGGAAAUAAGGAUGAAGAUAAUGCAAAAUAUUGGCCUAGUCUUUGCUCACACAGGCCAAUACUCCGAUGCAAUAGAAUCUUUUGAACACAUUAUGACCGAGAGACCCAACAUCAAGACGGGCUUCAACCUUAUCCUGUGCUACUAUGCUAUUGGUGAUACAGAGAGAAUGAAGACUGGCUUUCAGAAUCUCACAUCGGUCACUCUUGACAUGAACGAUGGACAAAAGUACAUGUCAGCUCCUGAUGACUUCAGUACAAGUGUAAUCUUUGAAGGAGCCAAGAAUGACAAGCUUUACCAGAUGGGAGGAAAUCUUAAAGCACUUGCUAAUAAGUGCAUUGUAAUCUCAGUGAAGCUCAUUGCUCCAGUCAUUGAAACCUCUCUUGUUGCAGGUUUAGACUGGUGUUUGGACAUUUUGAAGACUACUCAGCAUGCUGACACAGCUCAUGAUCUAGAAAUUACCAAAGCCGUCAUCUGUCUUGGACAAAGGAACUUCAAUCUUGCUGAGGUGGUUGAAACCCUAAGUACAUUAGAAAAGAAAGAGAGCAGCAGGAAGGGUGCGGCAGCCACCAAUUUAUCCUCACUUUACUUUCUGGAGAAGGAUUAUGAAAAAGCAGAUCGAUAUUCCGAUUUUGCCAUGGACACUGACAGCACCAACCCAGCAGUGCUUGUCAACAAGGGCAACACGACGUUCAUCAAGCAGGAUUACAAAAAGGCCGCAGAAUUCUACAGGGAAGCACUGAAGAGUGAUUCUUCUAGUACCGAGGCCCUGUACAACCUAGGGCUAUCCUACAAGAAAAUGAAAUGUCUUGAGGACGCCCUGGAAUGCUUCUUGAAGCUUCAUGCCAUUCUGCGGAAUAGCAGCCAAGUUAUGUACCAGCUGGCCAAUCUCUACGAACUUCUUGGUAAUCCUAAACAGGCAAUAAAGUGGCUAACGCAGGUCAUCAGCCUGAUGCCCACUGACCCCAAGGCCCUAGCUAAAGUGGGCGAGCUGUACGAAUGUGAGGGGGACGAAUCUCAGGCUUUGCAGUACUACUACGAGUCCUUCAGGUGCUUUCCUUCGAGCAUUGAUGUAGUUGGGUGGCUGGCGGCCUACUACAACAAUAAUAAGUUCUUUCAAAAAGCCAUUCACUAUUUCCAAAGAGCUACUUUUAUUCAGCCUUUAAAUGUGCAGUGGCAGCUUUUGGUGGCAAUCUGUUACAAAAAAAGUGGAAACUACCAAAAAGCUCUGGACACAUUGCAGGACAUCCACCACAGAUUUCCGAAAAAUAUAAAAUGUCUACAGAUACUGGUUAAAUUGUGCACCGAUAUGGAAUUAAAGGAAAGUAAAAUAUAUGCCACCAGGCUAAAAAAGGUAGAGAAAAUGCAAGAUAUCAACAAACAGUUCUUUCAGUCAGAUCAAGAGAGUCAUGUUGAGAAACAGCACAUGUGUGCUUUUAUGAAGUCUGUUUAUGCCCCCCAAAAGCCCUUGAGAGGCAUCUACCCAAAAAUUAUGGAAGUGGACCCGCUGGGUACUCUAAUUGGGAGACCAAAGAUAGGAGCCAAAAAGCACAAACUCGAUGUGAGCUUCACUGACGUAGAGCUGAAAGAUGACCUCUUGCCAUAGAAAUUUGUUGUACCCAAGGACUGGUAAUACAACGCCAUUGUUGAUGGACCAUUACAUUUUCUACAUAAAAUAACUUCUAGACGUUUUUUUUUCUGUUAGUGUCAGAGUCUGAAUGACCUGUUGUUUUGAAACAUUGACAAAUU